AAUUUACAAAAUAAAAUAUAACCCUGAAAUAUGAUAAUAAGAAUAGAAAUAGUAAACAAUAGUUAAUCAUAAUUUUUCUUUAUCGUAGAUGAUUAUUUACGUAGUUAUUGUGAUAAACAGUUACUCGUUCAUGUGUUCAGUUUUUAUUUGUAUCACAUAAGCAGUGCGAAAUUUAACCAGGGUAAUAAAAAAACGCCUUUUAAAAUAGUGGUCCAUCAAUAAAAUAAAAUUAUGAUUAUCAUUUAAACUACUCAAUUUGAAGCAAGACUGUUAUUUUUCCGUUUGAAUUGAUAAUGGUAAUGUAGAGAAAUUCCAUUCAUUUGAUGUAGUUUUUCUUAGAAUAAAAAUACUAAACGAAUUAUGAAUAGCUUUCGAGAAACAAAUGGCUAUCAAUCAAUUGAGAUAAAUAAUCUACAAGAAAUUUAUAAUGAAGCACAAGAUCAGCUUGUAUUUAAAAUAUGGGGAUUCAGAGAAAACCCUACCAAAUCUACUUUAUAUCAUUUUUUAUCAAUAAUAUUUUUGGGACUGCCAUAUUUAAUAUUCAGUUCUUACCCAAAACUAAAAAAAGUGAAAUUCAAGCCUGCUGCAUUGGAUUUUGCAACUACAAUAUUAGUUUGUGACAAUCAUGGUAAUAGCAAUUUUAUAAAAAUAGAAAAUGAGAAACUUACACUGCCAAAUGUUAAUGUAGCAUUAGAAAAUUUAAGAUACUUUUUAUAUCAACAUACUAAAUAUGUCUGGGAUUCGAAUAGCAAUACCUUUGUUACUUUGGAUAAUGUAAUACCUUCUCAAACAGUUGAUGAAUAUUUGAAUAACACAGAUGGAUUAACUGACAGAGAGUAUAGGAGUAGAUUGGAUUUGUUUGGUUUUAAUAAAAUAGAAGUGGAGGUCAAAUCUUAUUGGACACUAUUUGUUCAAGAAGUUUUAAAUCCAUUUUAUAUAUUUCAAGCUUUUUCUGUGGGACUGUGGUUAGUGGAUGAUUAUAUUUCUUAUGCUAUUUGUGUUAUUAUUCUAACAUUGUUCUCUAGUAUAACAUCUUUAAUACAAACACGUAGGCAAAGCGAGGCACUUCAUGAUUUAGUAGAAUCAUCAAAAUGUCAUGAAGUUACAGUCCUACGAAAAGAAGGUCAAAUCAACGAAAAGAAAAUAAUUGACCCUGUUGAACUUGUUCCUGGUGACCUCAUUGUCCUUCCUGCAUCAAAUUAUGUAAUGCCCUGUGAUGCAGUCCUUCUGACAGGACAGUCUAUUGUCAAUGAAAGUGUUCUAACAGGUGAAAGUGUUCCCGUAACGAAAACUGCCUUACAUUCAAGUUCAGAAUCAUAUGACAUAGAAGCACAUAAAAGACACACACUAUUCUCAGGUACCCACGUCAUCCAAACUCGUUACUAUGGCGACGAAGACGUUUUAGCAAGAGUUGUUCGGACUGGUUUUGACACAACGAAAGGUUCAUUAGUCAAAAGCAUUUUAUUCCCAGUUCCUAUCGGUUUAAAAUUCUACAAAGACAGUUUCAAGUUCAUUUUAGUUUUGUUUGCAGUUGCCGCGGCAGGAAUGACAUAUUGUUUGUAUCUCUAUAUUUCCAGAGGUGCACCUCUCAAACAUGUCAUUAUUAGGACAUUAGAUGUUAUAACAAUUGUUGUUCCUCCAGCUCUACCAGCUGCUAUGGCUGUUGGUACAGUAUACAGCCAAAAUCGUUUGAAAAAAAUUGGAAUAUUCUGUAUAAGUCCUCCUAGGAUAAAUGUCUGUGGCAAAAUCAAGAUAGCGUGUUUUGACAAGACUGGCACCUUAACUCACGAUGGUCUAGAAAUGAAUGCUAUCAUCCCCAGCAAAAAUUCUGAGUUUUGUCCAGUAGUAACUGAAAUUUCCACGUUAGACAAUGAAGAUAAAUUAGUUCAGGGAAUGGCAACAUGUCAUUCUUUGACAAGAAUUGAUAAUGAGAUUAACGGUGAUCCGUUGGACUUAAAUAUGUUUGAAUUCACCAGAUGGGAAUUACAUGAACCCGGUGAAAAUGAAAAUGAACGUUAUGAUAUGUUAGCGCCAACUUAUGUCAAGCCUCAUGGAACACAUAUAAAAGAUACAUCUAAACUGCCAUAUGAAAUCGGUAUAAUUCGCCAAUUUACCUUUUCCUCCACACUCCAAUGCAUGUCUGUGAUAUGUCGUGAUUUGCGUGAAACAAACAUGAUUGCAUUUACUAAAGGUGCUCCUGAAAAAUUGUUUGGCAUGUGUCUAAGAGAAACACUUCCUACAGAUUUCACAAUUAAACUAUCUCAGUACACCGCACAAGGAUUCAGAGUGAUUGCCUUGGCUUAUAAGCAUUUACCCAAUAAAUUGAAGUGGGUUGAGGCUCAAAAAAUCAAAAGAAAUGUGAUAGAAUGUGAUUUAACUUUCCUUGGUUUCCUGAUAAUGCACAAUCCUUUAAAAGAAGAAACUGCUCCUGUCAUUAAAACAUUGCACAAUGCCAAUAUAAGAACUGUCAUGAUAACAGGUGACAAUAUUUUGACAGCUAUAUCAGUAGCGCACGAUUGCGGCAUGGUGAAAAUAUCUGAUCAACUUUUCAUUUUGACUUUGGAAAAUAAAGAAGAUCCCCAUGGAAUUCCUGAUCUCAAAUUUGAAAGAGCUAGUGGAAAUUUACCUACUGACUCUGUAACAGUUGAUUUCAGUUUAGACCAUCAUCAUUUUGCCAUCGAUGGAAGGACAUGGUCAAAAUUAAAAUAUUAUUACCCAGAUAUGAUACCGAGUCUGUUAGUGAAAGCGACCAUUUUUGCUAGAUUUCAACCAGAUCAGAAGACGCAAUUGAUAAUGUUUUUGCAAAAUUUAGAUUACAUCGUUUCCAUGGUCGGGGACGGUGCAAAUGAUUGUGGUGCGUUAAAAGCAGCUCAUGUAGGAGUCUCUUUGUCACAGGCCGAGGCUAGUGUGGCUGCUCCAUUUACGUCUUCAAUUCCAAACAUUUCCUGCCUGGUACACCUGAUUUUAGAAGGAAGGUGUGCCUUAGUAACUAGUUUUGCGAUAUUUAAGUAUAUGGCGCUUUAUAGUUUAAUACAAUUCUGUACCGUCCUUAUCUUGUACAAGGAACAUUCCAUUAUGGGAGAUUAUCAAUUUUUAUUUAUUGAUUUGAUAAUAACUACCAGUCUGGCUGUUACUAUAGGGAGACAAGGUCCGUCCAACGAAUUAGGUUCCAAACGACCUAUGAGUUCCCUGGUAUCUGCCAAAAAUUUGAUACCUUUAAUACUCCAAAUCUUCACAUGUGCCUUUAUCCAAGUUGCUACAAUAUACUACCUCUUCCAACAACCUUGGUUCCGUCCAAUACCGAGUAAUACUAUAGAACCAGUUGUCGUUUCAUGGGAGAAUACCUCCGUUUUUACCAUAUCUUGUUAUCAGUACAUUAUUUUGGCCACCAUGUAUUCGAAAGGUAGACCUUACAGACAGAUGUUGAUAACGAAUUUUUGGUUCUUGGUGACUGCCUUAAGUUUGACAAUAUUUACGACUUGGUUAAUUGUAUAUCCUUGUAAGUACGUAGCAGAUUUAAUGAACUUGGUCUACAUUCCUCACGGACGAAGGGUUGAAAAUUAUUUUAAGUACAGCCUGUUGGGUUUUCCAAUCGUUCACUUUUUGGUGGCUCUACUUAUCGAGGUGGGAAUUAGCGAUAGGGAAUGGUUGAAAAAAUUCAUACAAUUUGUAUCGUGUAAAUCAAUGCCGAAAAAUAGAUACAAGCUGCUAUUACAACAAAAUGGAUACCAGUCUUUGAUAAACGUUGAUGGUUAAGUAGAUAACGACAUAUCUAUGACGUAAAUAUUUUUCUAUGGAAUGUUUUGUAUGUAUUUUAAGUCUGAAGAAUAAUAGUGUUAAGAUUUAAUGAAUAUUAAUAUAUUUUAUAUAGUCCGUCUUUAAGAAGGGUCUCUCGUAUUAUUGUUGAGAAUAUUUAUGGAAUUUUGAAUUUUUUGAACUUUUUAUUUUUAUAACCACUAUGCAAUUUUACAAGUAUUGUGAUAUUUAAUGUAAUAAUUGAAGAAAUAUAUAUUUAUUUUAAAUU